AUGGCGGAACCAUCCAACCCCAAAGAGGUGACUCGUAUGAGCAAUGCUAGAUGUAGUAGGCUGGUGUUCAAGGAUAGGAGGAGACCAUCCACAAAAGCCCAGGCUUGUGGUUUUUUAGAUCAAGAGUAUGAGUAUUCAUUUCGUGCAGAAGGGCAGUGCACAUUCGUUGUAGUAGUGGUCCUGUCUAAUUCUCUCCUAAUGUCUGAAAGUUACCAUGUUUCAGGAUGGGUGAAGAUGGUCAUGCUUCUCAAAUACAUUUUGAUUACCUUGGUGAUUCUCAUCCAUAUCCUUGUCCCCCGCAGCCUGGAGUUUCGUCAGUUCGUCUCCUCUCCAGCUGUGCUCUCCUGGCCUUCCUCUCCUCGGAAUCCUUCUUCCAAGGGCACUGAGAAGCACAUGGUUCUCUGUCCAUUUACUCCCUUCACUGAGGGCACCUAUGUGCCAGGCCUUGGGGACACAAGUGUGGGAGUUGAUUUCAGGAGAUGGGAGAGCUUAAAAACCAAACAGGUUGAUGAAGCAAUCCAGAGAUUAACACCAGCAAGAAGCCACUACCACCAGAGGACUGGAAAGAUGAAGAAAGGAGGUAGUGUUUCUAGAGCCCAGGCGCCGUCUGAUUGUUCCAUUAUAGAUGGAGGGGAUGAUGGUAACCUUGUUAUCAAAAAGAGAUUUGUGUCUGAGGCACAAUUAGAUGAAUGGCACAAAAGGAGGCAAGAAGAAUGGGAGAAAGUUCGAAAACCUGAAGAUCCAGAAGAAUGCCCAGAGGAGGUUUAUGACCCUCGGUCUCUAGAUGAAAGGCUACAGGAACAGAAAGAUAGGAAGCAGCAGGAGUAUGAAGAACAGUUCAAAUUCAAAAACAUGGUAAGAGGCUUAGACGAAGAUGAGACCAACUUCCUUGAUGAGGUUUCUCGGCAGCAGGAACUAAUAGAAAAGCAGCGAAGAGAAGAAGAACUGAAAGAACUGAAGGAAUACAGAAGUAAUCUCAACAAGGUUGGAAUUUCUCAAGAAAACAAGAAGGAAGUGGAGAAGAAAGUGGCUGUGAAACCCACAGAAACCAAGACCAAGUUCUCCCAGGCAAAGCUGUUGUCAGGAGCUGUGAAGCAUAAGAGCUCAGAGAGUGGCAACGGUGUGAAAAGACUGAAAUCGGACCCUGACCCAGAUGACAAGAAUCAAGAAGCCCCAUCCUGCGUGUCUCUUGGAAGCACAUCUCUGAGUGGUCCCUCCAUCCACUGCCCCUCUGCUGCCGUCUGUAUCGGCAUCCUCCCAGGUUUGGGUGCCUACUCUGGGAGCAGCGACUCUGAGUCCAGCUCAGACAGCGAAGGCACCAUCAACGCCACCGGCAAGAUGGUCUCCUCCAUCUUCCGAACCAACACCUUCCUCGAGGACCCCUAG